AUGCAUUAUCCAAAAGAGAAAAUCAAACAAAUGGAAUCUAAUGUUCUGUAUACGAAACGCGAAAUUGUACGCCAAACGUCACGUUUGUUCGAUCCAUUGGGAUAUCUUGCACCGGUACAUGUGAAAGCUAUACAGAAACUAUGGAAAUCAGGUUUGUCAUGGGAUACACAGAUUUCGACCCAACUAUCGAAGGAAUGGGAAUCUAUUCGUAUCAAUCUUGAUCAUGUGAAAGAGACAAGUAUCAAACGGACUUAUUUUACUGAAAGUAAUAAUAACGACUGUGAACUUCAUGUAUUCGCCGUAUUCCGCUUACGGUGCCGUGGCGUAUUUGAAGCAAUGUGCCAGUAA